AUGGCGACAGACUUACAAACAAGCCCUAGACUUCAGACACUGUCGAAUCUACCUCAAGAAAUUAUUGAGAACAUUUGUCGACGUCUGUGCGAGAAAUGCGACCACGUCGCAGAUGGCCUCUGUGAGCUUUCGAACUGCCACGAAUCGGCAGACAGGAGAGCCCUUGCGUCGCUCUGUCGAACCUCCAGGACCGUCGCGCGGGUCGCGCAACCACACCUCUUUCACGUUGUGCGCCACAUCACCAAGGUGGAAGAACUAACUCGCACGCUGUCUGAAGAUGCCCGGCUCGCGGGGCUGAUCCGCGUCUUCGAACAGAGCAGAUACGUCUACUUCCGGGAAAUGGAGACGAAACCCAGCCCCCUUAUCGGACUCUUGACCCAGCUCGACAUAUGCGACGACAGAGACCCAUUCCCUGCUAGUGGGAUUAUCGGUAGCGAACGAAUCAAGUACAUCUUUAUCCAGCUUGUCAUGAUCUACGCAACUCAACUCGAAAGACUGAGGUUGGACAUCAAUGGUGAUGCUUGGUCAGGCUUCGAUCUCGACCUCCUGUCGGCAAAACUAGAUGUGCUGAAGCACGCAAGUGGCGCAGCCGAGGUAUUACCGCUCUCCCGUGUCAGGACGAUUCAUCUCACCACUCAAUGGGACUAUGGGAUGCCAUUCCUUUGUCGUGCCAUCCAAGUGCUCUUGCGAGCCACCGGAGCGACAAUCGAGCAGCUGGUCCUACACAACAUUAUAGCUGAAUAUGAUACAGUGGGAGACUGCAUGCGCGACGUGCGACUUCCCGGCCUCCGCAGACUGGUCUUGUCCGAGUCCGCCUUCGACCGCAGCUCUCAAUCGUCGCUGGCAUUCCUGCUGCAGAUAUGCGAGAGCGCACACAACCUCGAGGAAUUUCAUUUCAGCGCCAUGGCGGUCUUUCUCGGGGAGAUGAUUGACGCACAUGCCACGGCGAGCGACUUCGUCGACUGCCUGCAACCCUGCCGCGAGACGCUGAGGGCCCUGACUCUUGAUCUCUGCAGCUACUCGUCGCAGCUACAGUUCGAGCCUUGUCUGCCUGCAGGCACACUGGCCGGCUUCUCCCAGCUCCGGGAGCUAGCACUCGAGGAGACUUCGUUCUGUCAGCGCAGGCGCCAGCAGCCCGAUGCGGCGGGCCUACCAGCGCACACCUGCCUGAUCACCAUGCUGCCGGCCUCAAUCCAGCGGCUGGUGAUCCGCCUGUGGGACGGCUCCCAUGUAUGGGGCGACCUGCGGGAACUAGCCCGACAUGCGGCGAUGGGCGAGUUCCCCAAUCUUGAGGAUAUCAGGGUGCUCGCGUCGGCCAUGGACAUGGAAGACGGUCAUAACCCCCCAAGUCCGGAAGACUUCCUCGAAGAGUACACGAGGGCGUCCAGAAUGGUUCAAGGCGCAUUCGCAAGCACGGGCAUCUCGUUGACCGUCACGCACUGUGAUCGCAACACGACCACGAGCAGUGAAGUCGACAUGCCGUGGCUGAAUUGGCCAUGA